AUGGCUCAAAGUAAUGGCGUUAUGCAGAAACCGGCUAUUACAACGAUGAAUGGUGCUCCCAUUUUGAAGCCAGCAGCUACUCAAAGAAUCGGCAAUCAACUAAGAGCCACGCUCCUGCUUCAAGAUAUCAAUCUCUUAGAAUUGAUUCAACACAUUACACAUGAACGCAUUCCAGAACGUCUCGUCCACGCCAGAGGCACUAGUGCUCAUGGAUACUUUGAGGUUACAGAUGAUAUCUCAGACGUCACUUCUGCAGCCUUUCUCAACAAGGUUGGGAAGAAGACCGACCUGUUCUGUCGAUUAUCUACAGUAGCCGGUCGCGCAGAUUCAGCUGAGACAGUUCGCGAUACUCGCGGUUUUGCUUUCAAGAUGUUUACUGAGGAAGGUAAUUUGGAUUGGUUGUUCCUAAGCACGCCUGUCUUUCCAAUUCGAGAUGGAGCCAAGUUCCCAUCCUUCACUCAUGCUACCAAAAAGAACCCACGAAGUGGCUUACCUGAUCAUAAAGCAUUCUGGGACUACUUCACUCAUAACCAAGAGGGCAUUCACUUCCUGAUGUUCCUCUUCAGUGAUCGGGCUACACCGGUUGAUUUCCAGCAUGCCGACAUCUUCAGCAUCAACACCUACAAAUUCACCAAGACAGAUGGUUCAUUUACAUAUGUCAAGAUCCAUCUCAAGCCCAACCAGGGUGUGAAAAACUUCACUCAAGCCGAGGCCGAUCUAAAAGCCGGUGUUGACCCAGAUUUCCAAACUCGUAGUCUCUAUGAAGAUAUCGAGAACGAAAUUUACCCUUCAUGGAAUGUUUUUGCCCAAAUCAUUGAUCCUGUCAAAGCUGAGAAUUAUCACAUCAAUAUCUUCGAUGCAACUAAAACAUUCCCGUUAUCGGAAUUCCCUCUUCGCAAAUUCGGCAAAAUCACCUUGAACAAAAACGUGGAUAACUUCUUUGCCGAACAAGAGCAGAGUGCCUUUAGUCCAACAAAUCUUGUACCCGGAUGGGCUCUGACUCCCGACCCUAUUAUUCAGACUCGUGCUCUUGCUUAUGCAGAUACUCAAAGACAUCGCCUUGGAACUAACUUCAUUCAAUUGCCUGUCAAUGCUCCGCACAACAGAUCAUUCAAUCCUCUCAUUCGUGAUGGAGCUGCUACCAUCAACGGCAAUCUCGGCGGUACCGAGAAUUACUUCCCAUCAUCUUUUUACAAUGUUGGAGUUGCGGCACAAUAUGCACAACCGGACGAGGAACAAUUCCAAGGAACUAUUGUCAGCUUUGAGAGCCAGGUUGUCGACGCCGACUAUGUGCAGGCAAGGGUAUUUUGGGAGAAGACAUUGGUUAAGGAGCCCGGUCAACAAGACAACUUUAUCAGCAACGUUGCGGGCCAUCUCGGCUCCGUCACUGGAAACAAGGGGCUGCAAGUUAGACAAGCAGUUUAUGCAAUGUUUACCAAGGUUAACGCAGAUCUUGGCAAUCUCAUUCAAACUUCAACCGAGGCUUUGAUCAAGCAAAGCGAGGCGAGCGUUAUGACCAAGAAGAUGGACAAUGUCAGAAUCAAUAAGGUCAAUGGAGCAUCAAAUGUUAACAGCCAUAACAGUGGUAUGUUUGCUCACAAGAACUGGAAUUAG